AUGGUCUACGUCGACGUCUGGGACGACUACGAGCGCGCAGUAGAGAAGUUAUACCUCGCCGGGCCUCUCAAGACCCGAUAUGUCUCGAAAUAUCGUCAUAAGGACGGCAAGCUCGUCCUGAAGGUGUUUGACGGCGCAACAUGCCUGAAGUUCCGCACGGAUCGCAUACCAGACCUCCGCAAGUUUGAGCGUCUCAACCUCUCCCUAAUGACGCGGAUGCAGGGUCGGACUCCUGCACCUCCCGCACCACCAGGUCAGCAGACAACGGCGGCGACUGCCGCGGCGGAUCAGGGCGUUGUUCCAAUGGAUAUAGGUGAAGGUUCAUUAGCGUCGAAAUCACAAACUCAAUCGAAAACAGCGUCAUCGACCAGCCUGAAUGCUGGGCAGAAGGGCGGGAAGGGCGGCAAAGGGAAGAAGAAGAGAAAAUAG